AGUAAGAAUCAUUACUCCCUAAUCGAAAGCAGGUAAAACGGGCUAUACUUUCUCCGUAUAAACCACAAGCAAAGAAUAGGUGUAUUAUAUGUAACUUUGGUAAAUUAAAGAAGACAUCCGACAUUACAUCCGAGUACAUAUGUAUGCAUAUCCAUGGUCAGCUGUAUCAAAUUGUUGGCUUUUUUUUAGUUUUUAUUAUUAAAUAUUCAAAAUGAACUUGUGGGGAGGCAAGGGUUAGCUAGGCAAGGCUUAGAAUUUUAUAUUAUAUUUAAUUCUAUUUUUUAUACCAACAUAUGCCUGUAAGGAGGGAAAAAUAUAUAUUUAAAAUUUGGGUGAUAUUUUUGGGCAUACAAACAAACAAAGUUAUUGGGCAAGGCAACAAAUUGUGAUGUAAAAUUUACGAAAAAUCAACUAAAACUAUCAAGUCUAAACUAAAUUGGAGCGAGCAAUCAACGAGUUUGAACAAAAAAUGGUCAGUAGUAAACUACUAUUACGAAGUUACGAAAUCGCGAAACCGCAACGUGUGCCUUAUUCCGGCCUUAUGUUCAAACAACUUUCAAUAAUGCAUAACUAAAUAAAACAUAUACAUAUAUGGAAGAAAACUAAAUUAAAGAAUAAAGUGAAAAUAACUAUACCUAGAGAUUCCACUGGAGUAUCCUCUGAACUACAGCCUUUCUCAUGCGUGGAGGCAUAGACGUGUUAAGGAGGAUUAGUGAUGCAUCAGAAAUGUGAGUGCACAUCAUGCAGUGAUUUUAUAUGAAAUACAGAUGCUGCGUGGAAGAGCUAACAAACCGCACGAGACUGUCCAGUUCUAAUCUUGGGGGUCCCAAUCAAUGGACGGUUUGUAUACAGAAAACAACCAAGAAAAAGCUCCCGACCCGACCACCUUCAGCCUGAUAUUCAAAAUGGACGCCGCGGACUUCUGGCAGCAGGCCCGAGCACCAUUCGGCCUUCACACGGCGCUUCAUCAACACGCUCCUCCGAACCAAGAGCAGACCCAGCUGCAACAUCAGCAACAUCAGCAGCAUCACCACCACCACGAUCACCAUCAUCAGCAUCAACAGCGCCACCAUCCAACAAUCUCGCAACAACAGGAUCACCAGUUACCCCCCAAUGCCAAUUCAGAUGGCACGGCUAACAGCAACAGCAGCAAUAGCAACAAUCCGUCACUAAACACUAAAAUCGAGUCUAGCGGGCCUCAACAACAUGACCACCUACUGCAGCAUCAUCACCAUGUCGACCAGCCCUAUGGCCCCGAUUCAUUUAGGGGUCAGCUCUCGGCGCCAACCCCGCAGCUAAGUAAUCAUCACCUGCUGUUCAAUGCCGCGGCUGCUGCCGCCGCAGCAGCCCACCUCAAGUCUACAGCCCUACAGAGUAGCAUAUCGCCCCCGUCAGAUCAGUCCAACAUGCUCAGAAACUAUGGCCAUAAUUCAUUAAAUCCCGUCAUCAAGCCUAAACAAGAGCUUGACCAACAGCCGCAGCGUAUCGUAGAAAACCGCCAACAGCAGGCGGAACAGGCUUACACUGGUGACUUCUAUGAUGCGGGUGACGGCUCAGGCAAUGGCCCGGAUGCCGAUGCAAGUGUUACCUGCACUAGCAGCGUCGGCGCGGAUCAAUUGCAAUCAAACCAGCAAACUCAAGAGCAGACUUCAGGAGGUCUCCAGCAACCACAAGUGCAUCCCCACCGGCAGAUGCCGAGUCCAGGGAGUGGAACGGUAAUGCUCAACAAACCGUUAUCACAAGGUCAGCAGUCUCCUCAGCACUCAAUAACGCCGUCUGGUGGCAGCUCUACUCCCGAAAUAAAAUACAACAACGACAAAAUGGCCAACGAAAUUCAGCGCAUAUUUUCUUCAAGAAAACAAUAAUAGCGUAGCGCACUACGUUGUGCAGAGGCGCAGAGAAAGAGACGCAGAAUUAGGAGCUGACGUCGACGACAGCGACGACGGCGCGGUAGUAUAAGAAGAAGACCCUGGUAUGGGCACGGUGUCCUGUCCCGUUUGUGGAUGAUAAGCGCAGCGUCUCUGCACCGCCAAGGACUACGGACUACCGGCAGAAGUUCAAAGGACAUCGGACCGUAAGGUUGUGUGACUCCGCGCUUCUAACUUCAAAAAAUCCGUUCGCAAAAGUUGUCGUGGUCGCGUGAAACUGUAAAUUUGAUUGACAACAACGCUAGAAAACUACAAAAUAAAAAAACUCAAACAAAUUAAUGGAAUGAUCUGGUGACACGACGAGUACAACAGAAGUUCUGACUGUAAAAGUCUUUCAGGGCAUUGACUGUUCCUGCCUUCACAUAUGCAUACAAUAUGAUAUGCAUUCUCGUAUGAGUGAAA